AUGGAGAACGCCGGGAUCGGGAGGGGACAGACGACACCGGAGAGCGCACAUCAGCACAGCUCCAGAACAGCGGCGAGCAGAUUUGCGUGCAACACCGGCGAGGCGGCGGAGAGCCAGCCGGUCGCUGUCGAGGACAAGAUUUUCGUUGCUGUCCCCGAAGAACUCAAGCACGGCAAGAGCAACUUGCUGUGGGCGCUGCAGAACUUGGCCAGGGACGCCUCCAGGUCCCGGAUUGUCAUUGCUCACGUCCACGUUCCUGCACAAAUGAUAACCAGCAAGCGAUUGAAGGUUAAUUGCGACAUAGUAGCUAUUCAAAAUGAUGACAUAGCUAAUGGGGUCAUCGAGCUUAUUUCUUUACAUGGGAUCAAAAAGCUUGUCGUCGGAGCCGCAUCAGAUAAAAAAUAUUCAAAGACAAUGAAAGCACCAACGUCCAAUACAGCACUGAAGAUAAUGGAGAGAGCAGAUUCGCCAUGCAAGAUAUGGUUUACUUGCAAAGGAUCUCUAAUUGUUAUCAGGGGCAGCAAUGCAGACGCACCUGCAGUACCAUCAUCACAAAACACAGCACCACUACCAGUAUUCAACAUUUCUAGCCAAAUGAGAUCAAUGAUGAUCCACGAUUCAAACAACAAAGCGUCAGGCUCAAAUACCAAAGAAUUGGAAAAAUCUUAUAUGAAUGAAUUAAGGCAGCAGAAGGCACUCAAGGAAACACAUGAAAGACAGAGGCAGGAAAUUGAUGUAAUGAGAAGACAGCAAGAAGAAGCAUAUGCUGCGCUAUACAAUGCAAAUGAGCAGAAGGUCACACUAGAACAACGAAUAAGUGAGAUCGAGCUUUAUGUUAAAGAUAAUGAAGAUAAGCUAGCAAGAAACAAACACCAACUGGAAGCGCUCCAAGCAGAUUGUGACAGGAUACAACAGGAAAGAGAUGUUGCCAUAAGGGAAGCCGCUGAACUACAUGAAAAGAAUCGGCAGGGAGUUUUUGCACCAUCUGAAGCACUAAACACCAAGUUCUCUCUUAUUGAGCUGCAGCAAGCAACACAAGACUUCGAUCCAAUGCUCAAGGUUGGUGAAGGUGGUUUUGGAAGUGUCUAUAAAGGUUUCCUCCACAAUACAACAGUAGCUAUAAAGUUGCUACAUCCAGAAAGCAUGCAGGGGCAAUCAGAAUUCCAUCAAGAGGCUUCUGUUCUCAGCACAGUAAGGCAUCCAAACCUUGUCACGCUGAUUGGUACAUGCCCAGAAGCUUUUGGUCUACAAAUUAGGAGAUUUUGGAAUUUCUCGAUUGUUGAUACAGACAAACACCUGCAGCACAACUCUUUACCGAACAACAAACCCAAGAGGCCAAGAGGAACCUUCUCUUAUAUGGAUCCUGAACUUCUGACCACUGGUGAACUCACACCACUAUCUGAUGUGUACUCCCUUGGCAUUAUCAUCAUGCGUCUAUUGACAGGGAAACAACCUCAAAGGAUUGCCGAAAUAGUGAAAGAUGCCAUUGAGAAAGAAAACCUGCAUUCCAUCAUUGAUACUACUGCUGGAAGUUGGCCUUUCAUACAAGCUAACCAACUUGCGCAUAUUGCCUUGAGAUGUGCUGAGUUAAGUAGGAGGCGAAGGCCAAAUCUAACAGUGGAUGUGUGGAAAGUGGUUGAGCCCCUAAUGAAGGCAGCUUUAAUGACAGCACGGCCACUGUCAUGCACAACUCUAUCAGAUGACACUUGUAUCCCAUCAUACUUCAUAUGUCCAAUCUUGCAGGAGACCAUGAACGAUCCUUACAUUGCCGCAGAUGGAUUCACUUAUGAGGGUGAAGCUAUUAGAGGCUGGCUUGAUAGUGGACAUAGCACAUCACCUAUGACAAACCUCAAGCUUGAGCACAGCCUUCUUGUGCCGAACAGGGCCCUUCGUUCAGCGAUACUCGAGUGGAACCAGCGGGAGAUGCAAUGA